GUCCUUAGUUUUUAAAUUCAUAAUUAAUUAAACAAAGAAGCGAAAGUGGUCAUAAACUUUAAAAACUAAAAAGAUGACGUAAUACACAAUGUACCUGUUUCACUAUUUUGCCAUUGUUACGCACUUUCGUGGAAUUAAAUAAUAUCUUUCGCCGAGUCAUUGAUUAGAUAGUCUACAUUUUAAAGAAAAAUCAUGAAUCGCUUAUUUGGUGGUAAAAAUAAAGGUCAAUCGGCCACGAAUCUACAAGCACAAAGGUUGAAACAAGUGGAAAGCUUGAAAAAAAUAGGGUAUGCAGCGUUUAGUUCUUAAUUAUUAAAAAGUAGGCUUAAUUUUCAUUUGCAGAUUCAGUUUCAGAAUCAUUGUCAUUAACUUAAAGUUUUAACUCUCAACUAUUUUUUAUUUUCUGACAAUUUUAACUUUUUUUCUCUCUCAUUAGGUACCUUUACAGUCUAACAUAUCAAUAAUAUCAUAAUUAUAAUCAUUGGUCUUAGUCUUGGAUCCAGAAUUGAUUUUAAUCUUAUUAUUAUUAUAUAUUUUUAUUAGUUGAUCAUUGAUCAAUUUUAAAUUUUAGAUCACUUUACUGUAGUUUACUAAUACAGUACUAUAGCCUAUAGGAUACUAUUAAUAGUAUGGGGUAUGUUUUUUUUAUUUAUGGCCAAAAUAUUAGGAUUAAGUUUUUAUAACUAGGUGUGCUAAAUUUUCACAAAAAUAUCCCCCUGGACAACGUACCACAAACAGGUAGAGGCAAAAUAAUAAUUAUUGAGACCUAAGUUAAAGUCUAAAUCUUUAAUUUAUGAUAUCCAUCUAGAAUCAAUGACAUUGAAUCAAUAGUAUCCAUUUUUAUAAAUGAGGUAAAAUAAUUGUGCUAUCAACAAAACCAAAACACAAUGCACAGAAUGUUUUUUUCUAAUUAAAAAUAUAAAUUUACCCAUAAAAUUAAUAUUUUUAACCAAUUUCUUUGCAAGUUAAAUGAUAUUUUUUAAUUAAUAAUUUAGCUUUGACCUAUCAAACCAAUUACUAUCAUCAUUUUUCAUGGUCAGGUCUCACUGAGUACCCUGACUCAGUAAGUCGGUCAUGUAAAAAGUUUGGCCCGCACAUAAAAUGAAGUGACGGGGGGAGGGGGGGCUCCAUUGAUCAUUCUGUUGAUGUGCAUGUUCAAUAAAAUCGAGACUUCCUGUUUUCACCCUUUUGUCAACAACAGCCAUUACAAUUACAACCAACGAAAUAUCUAAUAAAAUUUUACAAAAUAACUUUAAUUGAAAUUGCGUUCUGCAGAAUUUAAAAACAAUUUGUAACUGAGACUGCGGGAGGCAAGUGGUGAUCACAUGUCAUCAGAGUGUCUCCUUGAAUAUCUGAUAGAUACAGUAGUGUCACUAAGCUCAGAUUUUAACUCGGUCUUAAGUUUUGUUUAUGGCAUGGGCAUUAAAUAAUUCACAAUCAGCAUGUAAAUGUAAUAAUAAUAUGUAAAACAAAAAGGUCAGCAUAAAUGAAAUUAGUUUUCUGUGAAUAAUUUGACCUCAUUAUUUUUAGAACCAUUGCCUCGAAUCAUCACUUUUCAGAGAAGACUAUUUUUUAUAUAUUAAUAUGGAGCAUUAAUUAACAAGUUUGACAGACGAAAAAUAAAAACGAACUCACAUUUACAUUUUUUUUAUUCAUAUAAAAAAACCCCCCAAAAAACAGCUGAAGCUAGUUGGUGUAGGUUAAAUUUUUUAUAAAACUGUAUCAUUUUUAGGGAUGAGAGGGGGUAAGGUAUAGGUGUGGGAGGGGGUUACUUAUAAAUGAAAACAUUAAAUAAGGGGUAUGGGAGGAAAAAAAUUGGGGAAUCGCUGCCCUAGAUAGUUCAUGGGCACGAGUACACUGACAUUGGUACUGUUCGGGGUCAUCAAAGUGAAUAAUUUUAGGAUAAUUACUGUAAAAGAAAAGAUACUUUGGGUUUAUACAAUAUUAUUAAAAGGAAAAAUUCAAACAUUGUAAAUAUUUAUAAUUGGCUAUAUUUUGUUUUGCCUUUUAAUAAGCAAUUUUUUAAAAUUUACUUUUAACAGGGCUGUUGAAAUGAUACGGGAUUGUGAAUACAGAAUACCUUUUCAGCAAGGGCAAACAAAAUUUAUUAUUUCAAUGUGAGUGAAGUUUGUGUGUGUAUAAAUUAAAAUGACAUGUCUGAUUUUUUACCACAUUGUUUAAAUAUUCUUUUGAUGCUGAAUGAUAGAAAUCUGAAAAUGAUUUUAAUUUACAUGGAGCUGUCACCAUCAAAAGGUGAAAUUAAAAUAAUUACAAAACGGAAUAAAAGUUAGUUUGAUAAUAUUUAAUUUAUUUUAUAAAUUCUAAACAUAUUUUAAAAUAUAAAUGAAAGGAAUUUAUUGUAUGAUAUAAUAUACUUAACUUACAUCUACAGAAAUCUGCCUCAACAGUUCCCAAGUGAUAAGCCUACAUUAACAGUACAGCCAGCUGUUUCACAUCCAUGGGUGGAUAUGCAAAUGAAAAUUGUUGGAUGUCCUAGUAUAAAUAAUGUAAUAUAACUUUUUUUUCUUCAUUUUUUGCAAAUUUUCUAUAGUUAUGUGCAGUUUAAAUUUUAACUAUGAUGACAUCAAAUUAAUAAUUGAUACAAAACUAAACUCUUCUGGACAAGAAAGGUUGAUCUGCAUUAUAAAGCCAACAUGUUGUUUUUUUUAUUUGUGGGGAGAGGGGCAUCAAAACAUUAUUUUUGGUAAAAAUAGUAAAACUAAUAUAUAAGUUAAGGAUAUCCUGAUUAUUUUGCUAAAUGACAGGUUACGUGAGUAGCAUGACCUUGUCUGAGUGCCACAAAACUAGUCACUCUCUGAAUGUAUAAAUUUUGUGCUAACAUCUUUUUACUGUAUCAAAAGAAACCUCUGUUUAAUUUGUGUUUUCAGUUUUCGAUGCAUUCAGACUUGGGCCAGGCUGUGCAGAUGGUGUUAGAAGAAUUCAAGAAAGUUCCACCACUUACCAUUCCUCAGCACUAGUAUGUUAGACAUAUUAUCCUUAUUGCAUGGGAACAGAUCUCCUAUAAUAUUUUUUAAUUAUAUUAUUGCUGUCCUAUUUAAAAUAAUGUUUAAAAAAAAUAUGUUUUAAGCAGAUUUCUGCUAUACAUGUCUAAUUAUUUUUUCAUACGCAGAUUUAUCAAAACUAAAUGUAUUUUUGUCACUUUCAAGCAUUCUUGGAUCGACCAACCCUACAAUUGGGUCUGCUGUAACCCCACAUUCAGGUGCUUUAACUAGCUAUCCAGGCCAGCCGGUGUGUCCAUAUCCUGGUAGUCAGCCUUCAGCAAUUCCUCCACCCCUACCUCCUCGAAGAACCCCUGGUACAGCGGGUGAACCGGGAUUGGAACAGUCGGCACUAGGGUCAUUCCAAGUACCUAAUUUACAUACAGAAUUUCCAGGGUUAAAAGAUAUGAAGUGAGUGCAACAAAGGUUAAUAGCAUAUAAGGAAUGGUUUAUUUUCUGUUUUUCAUUGUACUCCUUAUCUACUGUAACAGACAGAAAGCUUUUUGUUGUUUAAUGAUCCUGUAGCUAAAUAAGCCAUAGAUGACAGUGUAUACAGCUUUUUAAAUUUUAGCUUAACUUGUUAACUACCAUGAGCCAGUGGGAGCGGCUCGACGUUUCUACCGUUAUGGCCACAAGCCGCUGGUUGUGCAAAUGUUUGUAACGUAUUAAAUGUGACCUAGAUUUAAUUCUGCCACAGCGGCUUUUUCAAUCUGGUAGUUAAUCAGUUAAACUAGUUUGAAUUUAUAGGUGAUUAAUCUCUAAUUUACAUAUUACCAAUGCUGCUACAAAGUCAUCCAUUCAAACUUAAAAUCUUAAACCCAUUUCAUCUCUAUACAAGACUCUAUGAUAUGCAAGAGCUAAUGGAAGAUGAAGAAAAACUUGCAGAAAUGAUACAAAAGGCACCAGAUAUGGUCAAAUUUAUGCAAAAAAGAGACAGCCUUGCUACCACGUGUGUUCAACAGGCAGGUAUGGAGUCACUUUAACAAUAAUGUACUCUUGUUAGUUUUUAAAGCUAUUAAAGUUGUUUUUACAUUUAAAAGGGGGAAAUGAAAACUCAAUAUUGAAAACUUACAUGUCCAAUUGUUUUGUACAGUCGUGCCACAAGUAUCCAAAGGGCAUAGUUUGCAACUUCAGUCAUGUGGUUUUGGCUUUCGGUUACCGGGUACUAGUUCAGUAUAAGUAGCUUGGUCACCACGUAACUUAAGUUAAGAGAGAUAGACUUUGAUCAAUGCAUAACAAAUUUAAUAUUUUACUUAUACUUAGUUAAUAAGCAAUGUAAUACAUACAGAGCUGCCAUACAUAUUUUUAGGCCAACCAAUCUUUCACAAAAAAUGUAAAUCAACUUAUUUUAAAAUAAUAACAAAAAUUAUUUUUCAAACCUUUAUUUGACAUAUUAUGUUAAUUUAGCUAGUGUGACAAUUUGAACCCAUUGCUAUAAGACAUUAAUUUAUUUUUUUGGUUUUCUCAAAGCUAUAAUUGUGCAAACUAGCAUAUUAACAACUAUAAAAUUUAUUGAUUGAUGCUUGAUUGACAGAAUUUCAAAGCUAUUAUUGAGCCAUUAUUUUUGUUGAAUCUUGUUUUAAAUCUUAAAAUAUAUAUUGCAAUUUACUAUAGCUCCUUGCUAUCUCUCCCAUUCGUCUAGAGGAUGCUUAUUUAAUAAUGACUCUUUCCACACAUUCAGAUGUCAAAAGCACAUUAAGACUGAACACAAUUAUCUCCUCAAAGUUACACUGUUAUCUUUAAUAUUAUUAUUCACAUAAUCUGUCCCAAUCAUCAUAACAUAACUCAUUUGAAGAAACAAUAGCUUAAAGACCAAACUGCAGCUGUCUGAAAUUGUCUGCACACACUUUUUCCCAAACAAGGCAAGAUUUGUCACUAUGCAUCACAGAUAUGAUAUUCAUGUCACAAGUACAUCAAAUAUGUAAGAUCGCUCUUGACAAACAAGAAACAUUCAACAAGGAAUCAAACAAGAAACACAGCACACUCUAAAACACCACACACAAUGCUCAACAUCUUCACAUACAAACCAUACUCCACACUACUUUCUGCCAACAAUACCAGUGUUACCACCUUUGUUUUUCUUGAAAUGUUACGGCCCUCUUGCGUUGUCUAAGGUGUAUGAAUCUCUCAAAUAGAACACAAGGUCCAGUGUAACAAUAUAUAAUAUUUAUUAGAUUCUUUACAAAACAGGAUACACAUCAGUCCAACUACCAAUUAUCCACUCGCUCCUAUCGCUACUGACUAACUCUUAACUGACAACUUUCAACGACUAACAAUUCUCUUGCUCUUCUACCUUUCUUCUCUGACCUCUAGCUAACACACAUCCCUUUUAUAAUACCACACAAACAACUCACAAAACACUCUCACGAUUCACGACUCCCCCUACCCAACAUUCACAACAAACUAGUUCACAACAUUCCUCCCCCCUUUCGUUGAUGACAUCAUAAAAUUGCAAUAACCAAAAAAUUAACAGUCUUAUCACUAGAAUUCUAAUAUCAAGUAAAAUACAACAAACUAGUUCACAACAACCAGCAGGAACAUUUUUAUAUUUUAGAAUAUUUCUCUCAGAUAUAUUCUCUCAGAUAACUAAACAAAAUAAAUUUAAAACUCAGGCACUGAAUAUAUAAUUUAUGAAGUGUUUAACCCCUUGGACACGGAGCCUUUUCGGGCUGUCUGUGCCAAAAAGACGGAGCACUUUUUAACGAACUCGGCACUCACAUUGCAAAAAAAAAUUAUAAAAAAUAAAAUAUUUAUUUUCCAUAUAUAAAACUAUAUAUAUUCUUUUAGGAAAUUGAAUAAGCUAAUACAAUAUUUAUAAAUCAAACAGAAAUUUCAACAUUUAUGCAAAUGAGCUAUCCCGAUUUGCAUAAUUUAUGCGUACAAUUUUUGCUUAGACUGAGAAUAAACAUGACUUACCGGUGUAAAUUGUGUGAAUUUUUUGAUAGAUGAAGGAUAAAUAGAUCCUAACACAUGUGUUUUGGGAAAUAAGGCCCAUUGAGGCCCUUUAGACCCCCCUGGCACAGAGUUCUACUCCUUUUCCUGCCCCUGGGGUACUUUUCGGUUGCUACAGACAGAGCAGUCCUUUUCACCAUUGUGCACCCAAUUAUGGUUUAUUUGAGCUGGGUGUUACUGAGAAAGUUGUCUGCAUACUUAUUAGUUAUUAUUAUUCUCUCUCACAAACAUUUUAAUGAUGUUUUAUGUAAAAAUUAGCAUAAAGUACUCAACACCAUUCCCCCAACGCACAGAUGCCAGUAUAUGGAUGCAGCAACGAACACUACUAUUACCAGAGAACUGGGGUGCUUAUCCCAUGAGGCAUAUUUAUAGGUUCUAUUUUUUCUAAAAAUUCAUAGGGGUCAUCUCUAUAAAAUUCAGAACCCCUAAUCCUAAACCAAGGAUUCACAACAUAAUCAUUUUGAUGUCUUAAUUACUUUCCUGGUUGUUUUCAUCAUUGUCAAUGUCAGAUUCACUGCUAGACAGCGAGAAAUCAGAAUCACUUAGCACAAUUUGAUUAGAGUCGCUGUCAGACAUGUUUGAAUUUCACAAUAUAACUAUGCACACACACAAAAAUUCCUGCACACAAAUAAAUUAGUUCACCAUCAACGAACGUCCCCAUUACAAUGCCGGGAUGUGCAGGAAUACGUAAGACUAAUUUUGAUUCGCUGGUAAAGCGCCAAGCCAGCCAAUCGUGAGCCUCAAUUUAUUGGGCCGAUGGUUUGGACUUUUGUCUUUCUCGCUAGUCAACCUUGGGCCGAUAGAUCGGCCCUUACGUCUCCAGAGGGUUAAUACAUGUUAAAGAAGUAGACUCAAUUUUAUUAAUUAGUUAAAAAAUAUCUAUAGACUUAUGUGCUUUCAAUUUUUUUUCUUCCUUAGAAUCUAACUUAUCAAAGAAACCUGAAAUUGAACAACUUAAAAAAUUAGUAAUAGCAAAGGUGAGUUUUUAUUGUCUGAUUUAAUCUUAUUUUAGUGUUUAUUUUAUCAUGGGUUAAAAAAAAAUUUUGAAUUCAUUUAUAUUUACCUAACUUGAAUACCUGUUACAUUUUUUGUAAUGGAUCUUUAAGAGGCACUGCAUUUCUUUGUUUAGCAUAUUAGUUAUUAAUGUAUUUUUUUUUUACUCAAUUUUUAAAAAAAAUAACAAACAUUGAUGAGCUACAUUAACUUAACUUAACCUUAACUUCUUUUAACUCAAACACUUUUAAAGAAUGAAGAGCUAGAGCAAUCAAAGAUGGAUUUUGAAAAGAAUUGUGAGCGACACAUGGCUCUCACAGAUCAGUAUCAUCCAUCUCAUAUACAGACCAAUCUCAAGGUAGCAGUUAUGGAAGCAGAUGAAGAGUCGGAGAUCAUUGCUGAGAAAUUUUUAGAAAGUAAAUUUAAAACUUUCAUUGUUUUGGUUUGCUAUUUCAAAGUUCAUUCAAUAAUUUGUCUAAAUUUUAUUUAACAGUGCUGUUAUUUGGUUACUUAUAGACUGUUCUUUUAUUGUUAAAAAAGUGAACAAGAUGGAGACUUUUCUUAACAUGCAUCGAAUGGUUUCAUAAACCUAACAAUGUUUUUAAAAAAAAAUUUUUAUUUUUAAUACAAUGAUUUAGAAUAAUAACACCAUGGCAACACUUCGAUAAUUACAGGUUAUGUUGUGCUAAGAAUAUCUCCAGUUUCUUCAUCAUUACAUUGGAAGUGAUAUUAGCUAUUAUUGUGACACAUGUCCUUUACCAUUAUUUCUCUUUCAGAGGAACUUGAUUUAGAUGAAUUUCUAAAAACAUUUAUGGAAAAGAGAACGGUGAGUCUUAAUUCUUUUUAGCUAUUUUGCUAUAGAAAUUCACAGUUAAUAUUUGUUGACAUCCUUCAUUUCCAUAAAAAUCAGAUCGUUAUAUUUUUAAAAAAUGUUUUCAAUAAAAGUUGUGAUAGUUAUAGUUUUAAAAAAUGUUUUCAAUAAAAGUUGUGAUAGUUAUAGUUUUAAACAAUGUUUUCAAUAAAAGUUGUGAUAGUUAUAGUUUUAAAAAAUGUUUUCAAUAAAAGUUGUGAUAGUUAUAGUUUUAAAAAAUGUUUUCAAUAAAAGUUGUGAUAGUUAUAGUUUUAAAAAAUGUUUUCAAUAAAAGUUGUGAUAGUUAUAGUUUUAAAAAAUGUUUUCAAUAAAAGUUGUGAUAGUUAUAGUUUUAAAAAAUGUUUUCAAUAAAAGUUGUGAAAUUUUUAAUUACGAAUUAUACACUGAACACAAAUUUUAACAAGCUUUGAAAGUCAAUGUGUAAUGGAAGUUAAAGUCUAAAUAAUGUAUACUUUAUUUUAAGUAAACAUUACUGGAAAUUUAUAUUCCUAAAGAAAGUUUAAUUCAUCCACUAUCUACUGUUAUUAUUUUCAUGAAAAGUUUUAAGUCUGCAGAAUUCUUUGAUACCGUACUGAUAACAAAAUUAUAUGAAUUUAACUUUAAGGGUGGUGAGCUAAUAAGCCAUAGCUGACUCUUACAAGUAAGGCUUUAAUCCUAUAUUCACUGUUGAAUUAAAUAAUUUAUCAGGAAAUGAAUUGUUCCUCUUCAUUAAACUCCACAGUUGUGUCAUUUACGGAGAGCUAAAGAAGAAAAGCUGAACCAGAUUAUAAUCUCCCAGCGAUUGCGCUAUUGAUUUUGUGACUACCCCAGCAAAGUGUUCAGAGAAUUAUGUUUGCUUCUAAGCUCCUGCAAGACUUCUGAGACUGGUUUUCUACUUUGCUUUUUUGUUGAUAACUAACUUUGAGCAUUCCUUAUCUACCAGCUGUUUGUUGCAAAUCUUUGUAAAGAAUAUUAUUUCAUAACACAGAUCUAUAUUUGUGAUUUUAAUCACUUUGAGGACAAUUUAAUGUUUCUGUUGUGAAUUUUUAAAUUAGUGGGUUUUUUUUAAAUUGCGAGCCCCAUUAGAUAUAUUCAAUAUAGUUAACCUUUUUGGUGCCUGUAAAUGUAAUAUAUAAAUUUAUACAUCUAAAGGUGUCAAUUUCUGCUGCACAGACAUCUACUUAUUUCACUGUGUAGCUAAAGUGAUGUUUCCAAUGCAUCUCGUUUGACAUAAUUGGAUUCAGGAUUGAAAAUUUGUCAUUAGUGUCUACAUCAUUUUCUGUACAUCAUAGGAGACUUUAAUCUUGUUCUUCUUUUAGUGGCUGAUUUAAACAAAAAAUUUCUUCUCCUUCAAUAUUAAAAUACUUUGGUUAUGAAACGCAUUGAUAGAAAGUAUUACCGGCAAUAGCAUUUUACUUUAAAGUGUUUCUUCUUGGUUUAUUUUGUUAGUUUUGGCAUGACAGUAUAUCUCUAUUUGUAAGAGGUAACUGGUAUUGCUGAUACAGUUAUCCUUGGUUCUCACUCUACAAGUUAAAUCUUCAACUCAAAGGCUAAAUGUGGUCACUAUCCAGCAUGAGCCAUUGGAUUUAUGUUUCUUCAGCAAAAUAAAUUAGUAACAGACAAUUUGACUUAUAAAUUGUUAAUGAUACAAAAAGCACAGAUUCAGAUCCUGUUCAGGUUUUUUUUUUUUUUUAAAUAUCUUUGUAUGGGUGCAUGAGCUUUGUGGCUUGUUUAGAUUGUAUUGUAAUGCAUGUUUUAUGAUUGCAGUUAUACAAAUAUUUAUGAAUAGAUGGCUAUUACAAAUUACAUAUUUGAUAAUAAAUCUAUUUCACUUUAAUAUCUAAGGCUGAUUGUUAAUAAAACGCAUAAGUGAUGGUUGUAUAUGGGUAAAAAAUCAUUUCAGAAUAAUUUGAAAUGUCAUUGUCACUGCUUGUCAAUAUCUUAUUGACUAACACAAAGUGUAAAUAAUUUAUAAAUGUGCACUUCAACUCUUCAAAUAAUUUCCCCUUAAAUUUCGCGAAACACUUGAGAACCACUGAUUUCAACCUGUUUGUUUUUUCCCCAUCUAGAUGUACAUUAUGUUGAUUUUUACAGCAUGCAUGAUAUAAUAUAAUAUAAUGAUCUGAUAGAAGAAUUAUGCUUAAUGAUCUUAUAUUUUUAUACAGUAUUCCUCCAGUGCAACACAAACAUAUUACUGUAUCAUGUUAUCUAUAGAUUAAGAAGUAAAGCUUCUCAAUCUAUACAAAAUGUAGCAUACUGCCACAUUAUGCUGUCAAAUUAUUCUGUUAAAGAGGCUCUUUAAAGCACUUUGUUUUAAUGUGGUCAGUUUAAUAUUAAUUUAUAAGUAAUAAGAGCUUUUGUUGUUUUUUUUUUGUUUGUUUUUUUUUGGACAGAGUUGUCAAAUAUUCAUGUAUAUAUAAUAUAAUUCUAAAAAAUUGUGGAUUCUUUUAUAAAAAACAUUUCUAAUAAUGUAGAAUUACUUCAUUUCGCACUCUGCACAACCACUUUUAAAAAAGUAUCCUAUGUUAAUGAAAUAGCAUGAUGAUACAGAAUAACACCUUUUUAAAAGAUUGAAAUUGUGGCAGAGUCUGAAUAUAUUGUGAACCGAAUCAAUGUUAAUGGCCUAAUAAUGUUUUAAUACUGGUACAAAUCAUGUUGAUCUCCAAUUAUUUUUUUCUUGAUUUAAUAUAUACAUGUGUUAUUUUUAAGGUCAUUAAAUCAAAGUUUCUGUAUAUAACCUGUGGAUUAAAAGUGUUGUGAAAAAGUUAUAUUUUAGUGAACAUCACAUACCAGAGCUUGCAUAGUCUCAGUAUUAUUAAUUCUGUGAUGCACCGGUAUAAUGAAUAUUACUUCAGUGCAAGACCCAGAUGUCUGUACAAUAUAAUAUAAUAGAUCCUUGUGUACAGUUCAUGUGUUGAUGACGAAAUGAAAAUAUCUUCCUUUGGUUGUUCCAGAACAGAAUAAAUUGUGAAGCUGGUUCCCCCAUAAGCCUCAUUAAAAUAAAUGUGACAUAUAAUAUACCAUUUCAAAGACCUGAUCAACUAAAUUCAGAUAAGAGCUUUAAAUUAUUUAAUGUGAAUAUUCAUUUCAUUGGACCUUGUUUUUGUUGACUUUUUCUAUCAUUUAUUAUUAAAAGGAAUUUUUUGUUAAAUUUACAAUGCUUAUUAUUUUUAUACUUGGGAGUAAUUAACAACAACAGUAAAAGUUUAUGGCAUUUGAAUUAUGAAGGUGUGUAUUUAAUCAUCUGAGUGUAAACUAAACUUAAGAUUUUUCAGAGGAAUUACCAAUGGUCUAAAUGUUCCAUUAUACAAUAAUUAAUUUAUAAAAACAUUAAUUUUUAGGUAUUAUUUAAAGCUAGGAUGGAUAUUUAAAACGCACAUAUUUAUUUGGUAAUAUUAAUAAUAUACAGUUUAGCGGUUUUAACGUAACAAAAUACCAUUUGUCUUUCACUCUUAGUAAAUCUCCACAUAUUUGCUGCAAACAGUCAGACUAGAAAUAGAAAGUUAAAACCCGACAGUUUUUGGUAGGAGUCAAGUAAUGAUGUCAGCCGUAGAUAGGGCUGUACCCCAAGUUCUCUACUGAGACUAACUGUGUCUUUUAGAACUUGACCCACUCAGCUGAAUAGUUUAUUAUGUUUAAAAUACAACUUGUGAUUAUAUCACCAGGAAAAAACUUUUACAAAAACUUUAAUUGCUAUUUGUCAUGUUUGGCUGCAUUAAAAAAAAGUUUUAGUAGUUCGUAGCUUCAAAUUGUUUCCAAGACAUUUCAUUACCGGUAUUAAUGUUAAAAGCUGUAGCACUUUCAAAUCAUUGGUAAUUGAAUAGAAGCAUUCUUUGACAUGUCAAAACUUUUGUGGGAGCAUUAACUUACUAAAAAUAUGCAUUUGAAUUGUUAUAUAGAUCUAAUACUGUAUGUAUUCAUCAGAAAAGGAAAAUUUACUGUUUGGUACAACCUUAAUAGUCAUUCUUUCCUGAAAGCAUUUUAGCCAAUAUUUUCUUUAUGGGGGCAUUUUAUUACAAAAUAAACCUAAGCAUAAUUGAACUAUGUCAAGAGGAUUGAUUGAAAAGAAUUUAAUUGUCGUGCCAUAAAUGUCUGACAUUAUACAGAACCUACCAAAUAUUUAUGUACCUUUAAGCAUGUAUUAUGCCACUAUAAGCUAUGCAUGUGUUCAGCAUAGAUAUCUUGUAUUAUUAAGAAACGUUCUAUAGAAUUGUAAUGCUUUAUAUGAAUAAAAACAGUCUAUCACAUAUGUAUGUAUCAAUUAUAAUUAUCUACUGUAAAUGUCAUACCUGCUGUAAAUGAUCUCCUGUGCCAAUUCUGUUCAAUCUGAUCACACACUUUGUGGUCUUUAGAUUGAAAUGAAACCCAACCAAAAUAUUCUCUAAUAGCUUUCUGUAGGGACACUUACUUCAUAUGAUAAGAUUGAUCAAUUAUUUUUGUCAUACUCUUGUAUUGUAACCUUGCCAUUGAAUUAAGUAUUGGUUCUUCCUGUGUAUUUCUUUGAAGACACAAUGAAUUUGUUUGUAAAAUUGUAUUGCUCUAUCUCAAGUAUGUGACUUAAAUUUAAAGUCAACUGUAUUUAAGCAAAUGAUUUGGCACACAUAAAAAUGUAUAUUUCAAAUGUCAGUUUCUCACCAUUGUCACCUCAUUCUUAAGGUGUGCAUUUUAAUCUAGAGAAUGUUCACUUUGUUCAGUUUUUCAUGUAUUGCAAAAAUCCUUAGUGACACGUAAGUAACUGCUUUCUGUACAAAGAAAAUGGAUUUUGUUAUUGAAUAUUUUUUCAAUUAUUUGGUUACAAAUAAUAUCGCAAUAAUUAUGGUGGCCAAAAAAUGACAAGGAACUGAAAGAAUAGAAGUGAAAAAAGUUAACAAGGUGACGAACAAUUAAACAAAAUGCUUGUUGUUUUUCUUGGCUUUGUUAGAACUUAAAAACCUGAAAUUGAAAUCCAUAUCAUUUUUUUUCUUUGUAUUAAAUUUUUUUACUUUUAAGCAAGUUAUAACUUGAUACUUUCAAGGGUGAAUAAAGAUAAUGCUUUAAUGACUCACUU